GUCGUUACUUCCGUCUUCUAUUAAUCCUAGAAUAUCGCAAACAAAAGGUAAACACAAAGUUUUCACAGUUUAAUACAAUAAAAACAUCUAACAUUGUUGCUUAACACGUAUUUAUAAUUAGACUUAUCAAAUUACGUUUUAUUGUUACUUUUUAUUAUGAAUAAAAUGGUAUAUUUUAAAGAAAUAAAGAAUGAUUAUUUUGUGAGUCAAAUCUACCGUAGCCCCACCUUUUUUUAGAUACUUAUAAAAUUAAUAUUAUAUAGGUAAAGCAGAGAAUCUAUUAUCAAUCUUCUGUCAUACUCCGUAACCUAAACAUUAGUUAAUUUAACAAGCUUUUUAGGUAAGCAACGUGUUUAUUUAUUGGCAUUAAAAAAAAACUUUAAAACUUGGUCACUUCACAAGGUAAACAAAUGAUUUACACAGAAAAUUAUUGUAUAUCUUAUUAUUCUUAAUAAAUCAUUUGUUGUAAAAGAAAGAGAGAUGUUAAGAGAAUUUAUUUUAUUUUAUAUUAUAUUUUCAACAUUGUUCUAAUAAUAGACACUGUAUUCAAACAAUUUAGGGAGAUAAGGUUACAAUUUGGCCACUUUUCGAAUGUCCGGUCCAGUUUUAGUCGAAUAAUUUUACGGAGAGGAGAACUGAAAGAGAAUAGAGAAUCUAUUUUAAUUUACUAGAAAAAUGACGUCCAUAAUUGUAAAUGGAAGUGAUGAGGAGGGCGAAAAGGGAGGCAUCUCCGAAUUCAUGAAGGGUGCUGUAAAAAGUACACUUGAACCAGCUAUGGCGAUUGAUCAACCAGGAAUGAGAAGGACAGAAAGUUCUGAAGCCCUAAAAUAUAUGACUUUGCAUCAAUUAGCUCGUGAUGGAGACUCUGCUGGUUUAUCAACAGUUUUAGAAAAGCAUUCAGGGCAAAUGAACAGACUUAAAAAGUUUGUUAAUACGAAAGACGAGGAGAAAAUAUCUCCCCUCCAUUAUGCAGCUCGUUACAAUCAUGCCGAAUCCUGCAAAGUUCUUAUCAAAUAUCAGGCUGAUGCGAAUUCUGUUGAUGAGGAUUUGGCUACUCCGCUUCAUUAUGCAGCAAGAUAUAAAAGACAACGAAUAAAGCAAUCCGAGUCUGGAACGCUUACUUCGAGCGAUGAUAAUAUUGCUGAUCAAUCUACAGAGAAUGUGAAAGAUGAAUCAUCAAUUGAUAAUAGCGUUAUCCUGUUUUUAAUUUCAAAAGGAGCUAACGUUAAUGCCCAAGAUAGGUACGGUUGUACUCCGUUACAUUUUGCGGCUAUGAGAGGAAAUGAAGUUGCUACAGUUGAAUUAUUGAGUUGUCCAUCAAUUGAUAUUGAGAUUGAGGACAAACAAAAAGUUAGAGCUUUACAUUUAGCCGUUGCUCACUCGGAAAAGUACAUAGUAGAAUUGCUCAUUGAGAGUGGUGCACAAUUGGGUUGUAAGGAUGAGGAUGAAGGUACACCUCUUCACCUGGCUUGCAUGGAAGGCAAUUGUGAAAUUGCUGAAAUGAUUAUUAAUAAAGCGAACAAUACAUUUGGCUGGCCUAUUGCUUUACAGUUAAUACAAGAUACGGAUAUGGAACAAAACACUCCACUUCAUUUGGCCGUUGAAAAUGGUUCGCUGGAAGUUACUCAACUGUUAUUGAACAGAAGUGCCGAUGUUAAUCUAUUGUGUAAACAAGCAACAUCCGCUUUGCAUCUAGCAGCUCAAUCUGGAAAUGAUGAUAUUGUAAAAUUGCUCUUGACAAAAAAUGCCAAACCAGAUUCCCUGAAUUCUAAUGCCCAAACACCAUUGCAUAUAGCUGCUUCUCAUAACCGUUCAAAUAUUGUUGAAUUGCUACUAGACCAUGAAAAAGAGUCCUAUCCCCAUGCGAGCCGAAAUUUAAGGAGAUCACAGAUUUCGAGACGAGAUAGGGACGGUUACAGUCCUCUGCUAUUUGCUGCCGAAUUUGGUCAUGCAGAAGUUAUACAUACAUUAAUGAGAAGGGGAGCCAGUUUGAAGGAUACGGAAAAGAACGAUCGUAAUGCAAUAUUCCUUGCCGCUCAAGAGGAUCAGAUGGACGCUUUAAAAGCAUUGAUGAAUUACUUGGACGAAGAAAAUGUUAUCGAUGAUGGUGAUCGCUACAGUAAUACUGCUCUACAUGCAGCAGCUGAAAAGGGUUUUUUGAGAUGUGUUAAAUUAUUAUUGGAAAAUAACGCGGAUAUUGAUGCUAAAAAUGAGGAAGAACAAACGCCUCUUCACUUGGCUGCUAAGGCUGGUAAAACGAAUGUUGUCAGAGAAUUGGUCAGAGUGGGCGGAAAGAGAGUUGUAGAUGACGAAGACGAGGAUUCAAAUACUCCGUUACAUCUAGCAGCCUUAGCAGGUAAUAGUAAGGUUGCUCAGGUGUUAAUUGAAGCUAAUGCUAAUAUAAGCGCAAGAAAUACUAGCCAGUGGACACCGCUAGAUUGCGCAGCCGCUAAAGGAUGGCCUAAAACUUGCACAGUUUUAUUGGAAAAUGACGCCCCUGUCGAUCCAAAAGAUCGAAUUAAGAGCACACCCCUUCAUCUUGCUUCAGCAAAAGGUCAUUGUCAAGUUGUACAUGUUUUGUUAAAAUGGAAAGCCGAUAUCCAGGAACGACAGAGAAAAGAGGGUCAAAAUGAUGAUAGCGGUGAGGGUGACAACUGUCUAGAUUUAGCAAUAGAUAAUGGUCACAAGGACGUCGCAUUGGCGAUAAUCGGUUCUGAUAAUUGGGAAGAGGCUUUAAAGAAUGAUACUACAGAUUCGAUGGGUAGAAGAACAACUCCCAUGAGAAAACUUAUUCGAAAAAUGCCUGAAGUAGCAGAAAAAGUAUUUUCCAAGUGCGUAGAAAAGAAUGGAAACCCUGAAAGUCCUGAAUAUAGUUUAACAUUCAAUUGGGAAUAUCUUGAUGAUAUGUACUCGCGAUGGAGCGAAAAUGUUAAUACUAAGGACGAUACUGUUAGUAUAUUAAGCGGAAAUAGUUCACGAAUGGAUGAAGAAAUUUGGGACCACGACUUUAAAAUACGUCCAGGUGUAAAACCUUACAGUGAAGACUCGAACAUGUUAAAAGUAAAUCAUCCAUUGAUGAUAAUGGUAGAAUCAAAACAAGAAGAUCUACUAGGUCAUCCACUAGUAACAAGCUUAUUACGUCACAAAUGGAAUUCCUUUGGUCGGAUUGUGUACUAUCUGAACUUGUUGCUCUAUUGUGUUUUCUUAGUAUUCCUUACUGGAUAUGUUGUUGUUGCUAAACCUCCGUAUUGGUACUUUAACGAAACUGACGGAGAUUUGCAUGGAAAAGGAUGUACAGUUCUUAAAAGUUCUCUCGCGUACAACAGCUGGAAGAACAACAAGGAUGACGUUGCUUAUAAAAUAUUCGUAAAAGCUGGCAAAUGGAUAAUAAUAGGUCUAUCAGCUUUUAGUCUUGUAAGAGAAAUGAUACAAAUUUAUCAUAGUAGAUGGCAAUAUCUGCUUGUUUGGGAGAAUCUCUUGGAAUGGGGAACAGGUAUUACAGCUAUUUUAGCUGUAAUCGACGUAUCAAGCUGUCAGGAGGGAACGGAAAUUAGAGAGAGUUGGCAGUGGCAACUACUCACUGUGGCAAUUUUUCUGGCAUGGAUGGAAUUGGUGUUGUUCAUCCGGAAACUACCUCGAUUCGGCAUAUACGUUGUGAUGUUUACCGAUGUACUUCGCACUUUCACUCAAUUCUUUCCAGUGUUUUUUCUCUUUAUUGUAGCGUUUGCGCUAGGCUUCUUUUGCCUCUUUCAAAAUCAGGUGCCGUUUCAAAGCUUUGGAGCGUCACUGAUUAAAACAUCUGUCAUGAUGAUAGGAGAAUUUGAGUUUGAGCAAUUAUUUCUAGGGCCACAAAAUAUCAAUAAAGUAAUAACAGCGGACAACCACAAGUCCUAUCUAUAUUACCCUGGAAUUUCCUAUGUGCUUUUCGUCUUCUUUCUAAUUCUCAUGAGCGUUAUCAUCAUGAAUUUACUCGUUGGUUUGGCUGUUGAUGACAUUAAAGCCGUACAAGAUCAGGCCGUCUUGAAGCGUCUUGCUAUGCAAGUCGAGUUGGCUUUGGACGUUGAACGGAUACUGCCAGAGUUUAUACGAAGACGUUUUGUGGUAAAAAAGAAAACAAUCAAACCUCAAGUAUCCUCUAGUAAAAAAGCCUUCAAUCAACUCCUUAAUUUAAAUGAAAAUUUUCUGUCACCUGAGGAAAUAUCUAAGGCAUUAGAUGCUGAUUUGGAUGAAAUCGAAGUCGUACAAGAAAAUCAGCAGAAAAUGAUGAAAGAUCUGACCAACAUGAAACGAAAGAUGAAAGAAUUCACAGCUCAGACGGAAAAACUGGAAAUGAUGUUGGGGGCUUUGCUAAAGGCUCAAAAUGUUGAUUAUCUUGAGGAAGAUGUAUGUGCGGAUGAAGAUAUAUAA